AUGGACGUCCUGCUGAACAGGCGGCGCCUCGCCAUGGUACGGCUGAAACGCGAAAACGCGAGUGUGAAAUCCCUGAAGGAUCGGCAGGCUCCGGCGUUCGAGGUAGAGGAUAGGCUUCGUAAGCUGCAUGAGCUGGAGGAGAGAUUUGACCAGGUCCAACUGGAGAUCGAGGAAGCGACUAGUCCUGAUGACCUGCCAUCUGUCAUCAAUUUUCGUACGGAUUUCGAAACGUUGUUCUAUUCGACAAAAGGAUUAUUAACGAGUCUCUUGGGGAGCGACGCAGCUCACGUUGACGCUGCUUUUAGCUCCUGGCGAAGUUGCGGUAGUGCAAAUAGUGAUGCAACGUAUGCAGACCCUGGAAGUCAGUUGCAAGAUGCUGUUCGUGCUUUGCUCGAAACCCAGAAGACUCUACUGACGCGGCAAGUUGCAGCUUCAACAUCAAUCAACGAGUUAGCUGUUCAACUUCGGGAGAGACAAAUUGAGCCAAUUGACACAAAGUUGCCGUCCUACUCUCUUCCCAUUUUCAAAGGCGAUAGAAGGCACUGGGCGUCCUUCAAGGAUCUUUUCACGAGUUGUGUCGACCAGAAAAACUUGACGAAUGCUCUCAAGCUGCAGUUACUGUUGGCCCAUUUGGAUGGAGAAGCCAAAAGCUUAGUUAGCACAUACUCCAUCACGGAUGCUAACUACACGGAAGUUUGGGACACUUUGACUGAGCAUUACGACAAGCCGAAAUUCGCUGUUUCGGCGCUUGUACAAGAAUUCUGCGAACAACCAGUGAUCAAGGUAUCCAAUCUACCUAAUUUGCGGAAGCUCGUAUCAACGUCAGACGAAGUUAUACGCCAGCUUAAAGCCAUGGGUCCGGAGUACGAAACCAGAGAUCCGUGGCUCAUCUACCAAAUCCUUCGGAAGCUUGAUGAUAGCCUGCGUUCCCAGUGGGCUCAGUUUGUGGUAGACAUCGAUAAUCCAACGUUUGCCGACAUGCUGAGGUUUCUGAAAAGAAAAUGCGAUGCGUUCGAAACGUGUGCUGCCUUUGGAGCUAGAUCGAGCGAGGUAAAGCGUGAGGUGCCGAAAGAUGACCGUAAGUUCAACCCUCUGAAGAAGGAGAUCAAAAGCUUGACAUCCGUGCAGGAGCAAGUCUGCCCGAUGUGUUCCGACAAUCAUGUCAUCUACCAGUGCAGUGAGUUUAAAGGCGCAUCAGUGCAAGAAAGGCGAGAGCUUGCCCAAUCCGCCAGAUUGUGUUUCAACUGUCUUCGAGCCAACCAUUGCGUCAAGUUCUGCCCAUCAAAGUCAGUAUGCCGUACCCCACAGUGUCAGCAAAAACAUCACACUCUGCUGUGUCAAUCCGCCUACGCCCAAACGAUGAAUACAAACGACCCUGCCGGAAAACAAGAGCUCGAGAAUGAACCCUCGGAUGAACACGCGAACAGCAACCAGGUUGUUUCGUGCUCAGCAAAUGUCAAAAUGAAUCUGUUUACAUUCGCUGCAAGUGUGCUGCCGACUGCAAUCAUUAACGUGAAAGGAAGAAACAACCAGUUCUACAAGGUGCGAGCAAUGAUUGAUUCCGGAUCACAGGCAUCGCUGAUAACAGAACGCUGCAUGACUCGCCUGGCGUUGCAUCGAAGGAACGCCAAACUUCUGGUUAGUGGUAUCUCCAAUUGCACAUCUGGGGAGACGAGAGGUGUAGUGACCCUUGAGAUAUCAUCGCGUUUCAACAAUGUUCCAGUCGUUCAAACUCAAGCAUAUGUUUUGGCGAAACUGGCACGAAAUCUUCCAGAGCAGCAGAUCAACCUCAAUCAUAUGAAGUGCCUCGAAACACUCAAGUUGGCAGAUCCGGAUUUUGAUAAACCAGGAGAGAUAGAUGUUAUUCUCGGAGCGGACGUUUUUCUCUCGAUAUUGACGGACGGCAAAGUGAAGGAUGAAAAUGGUUUCCCUGUGGCAAUAAAUUCAACUCUUGGCUGGAUUGUUGCUGGUCGAAUCGGCGCGACGGUCGGACUCCGUAGUCACCCGGCCAUUGUAAGUCUGCACACAGAACUAAACGUGGACCAUCUUCUGCGGCAGUUUUGGGAGUGUGAGAGAAUCAACCAACCACUUCCGUUGAAGCAAGAGGACCAAAAGGCUGUAGAGAUCUUUCAAACCACUCACAUGCGCGACGAGACUGGCCGCUUUGUUGUAAGACUACCCCUCGACGACUCCAAACAAGCUCUAGGGGAGUCCUUAGCAACAGCAACGCAGCGAUUGAAGGCGAUGGAGCGAAAGUUCAAGGCAGACUCGGACUUUGAGCAGCAGUACCGUCAAUUCAUCCGUGAGUAUUUAGAACUAGGGCAUAUGGAACCUGUGCCCAAGGAGGAAAUAGACAUUCCGGUUGAAAGGCGGUAUUAUUUACCACACCAUGCAGUGGUGAAAAGUGAGAGUGUAACAACUAAAUUGCGAGUCGUCUUCGACGGGUCGAGUAAAUCUUCGUCAGGGAUAUCGCUUAAUGACAAAUUGCUAGUUGGCCCAAACGUCAACGAGGAUUUAACUGUGGUUCUAACGCGCUUCAGGACCUAUGCUGUAGCUUUUAUGGCAGAUGCAGAGAAGAUGUAUCGCCAGGUGAAAGUAGCAAAGGAUGACAUCGACUUCCAAAGGAUCGUAUGGCGAAACAGUCCCAAUGACCCCAUCGAGCACUAUCGAUUGCUAACCGUUACCUACGGCACCGCUUGUGCCUCCUACUUGGCCAUUGCAUCACUUCGACAAGCAGCAAAAGAUAACCAAGCAGAGCAUCCUGUCGCAGCGGAACGCAUCAUAAAAAAUUCGUAUGUCGAUGAUUUUCUAUCUGGCGCCGACACACAGGAGGAAGCUGUUAAGUUGAAGGAAGACAUCAUCAAAAUUACCACAUCGGCAGGAUUCAACCUAAGGAAAUGGGCAUCAAACGAUCCGCAGUUGGUAGUCACCAAUUCCGAUCGUAAUCAAGAAGAAGUUCCACACAAUUGUCCGCUGAAGCAAACCCUGUUAAGGCGCUGGCUUUUGUCUGAUGCAGCCCGCCUUUUCGACCCGCUGGGCUGGAUUGCUCCUGUAACUGUCCGCAUCAAAAUUCUCUUCCAAGCAUUAUGGCUGCAUGACGUGCAGUGGGACGAUCCACUUCCAGCGACUCUCAACGAAGAAUGGACGAAAAUCAAGGAGGAUUUGAACCGAAUCGAGGAUAUAAAAUUGCCGAGAUGGAUUUCCAAUCACGGUGGGAAAAUCGAGCUGCACGGAUUUGCCGAUGCUUCCGAGGCAGCCUAUGCAGCAGUUGUGUAUUCAAGGACAACGGACAACGAAGGAAAGAUACACACGUCGUUGGUUGCUGCCAAGACAAAAGUAGCACCAAUUCAACAAGUAUCGUUACCCAGAUUGGAACUAAACGCAGCCGUUUUGCUUACUGCAGUCCUCCAACGCAUUAUGGAGUCCCUAGACCACCUGGAUGUCACGUGUUUUGCCUGGACGGAUUCAACGAUUGUGCUGGAAUGGUUGUCUUCCCACCCGCGGAAGUGGAAAACUUACGUAGCGAACCGGACAUCGAUGAUUCUGGACUUUUUGCCGCGCAGUUCCUGGAAUCAUGUGAGCUACCCAAUCAUCCCCUUUGGUGGACAGGACCACCAUGGCUACGUCAAGAAGAAGACACAUGGACGCUUCGAUCUCGGUAUCCCGCACCAGAUGAGCAACUACUCGAACAGCUUGGCGCGGUUCUCCCAGGCGGACCACUUCAAACAAGACAUCGACAAUCUUCGUAAAGCUCUUAAACGGUUCUGCGGACGACGAGGACUCCCAUGUCAGUUAUGGUCAGACAAUGGGACCAACUUCAUCGGUGCUGAUCGGCAGCUCAAGGAGCUUCUCCAAUCAUCGAAAUUUGAAUCAACAGUUGAUCACUUCUUGAGUAGCCUGGGAAUUAAAUGGACAUUCAUCACGCCGUCGGCUCCCCACAUGGGGGGGAUAUGGGAGGCAGCUGUCAAAAGCAUGAAAAAGCAUUUGCGCAUUGCACUCGGAACUACAAGUUGCACCUACGAGGAUCUGACGACCGUACUAACGCAAGUGGAAGCUUGCCUCAACUCGCGUCCCUUGUGCGCUCUCUCGCCAUCGAUUGAUUCGUAUGAAGCCCUAACCCCGGGUCAUUUCAUUAUUGGCCAGCCAAUGAACAUGAUACCGGAACCCGACGUUUCGCGUCUGCCUGAGAAUCGCCUUGAUCGUUACGAGAGGCUUCGUCGUCAUGUCUGCGAGUUUUGGGAUCGUUGGAGAUGCGAAUACUUGGGAACUCUUCAACCAAGAAAAAAGUGGCAGUCUACAUCGGACAAUUUGAGGAUCGGAGAACUUGUGCUGGUGAAGACGGACAACGCCCCGCCGGCUUUUUGGGAGUUGGCAAGGGUCGCUGAUGUGCAUCCGGACCGCAAUGGAGUUGUUCGCAACGUAACGCUUCGUCGAGGUAGAACAGAGUAUCAACGUCCAAUACACAAGCUGGUGGUUCUUCCAACGGAUUGA